AUGGCAGAUUGGGAUCCUGACUUUCCGCCCGCGGUGAACCUCCUGAACAACCGUGGCGAGACAGGCUUGCACGUCGCGGCAUCUGCAGAUGACUUGGACCUGUGCAAGUUGCUGCUUACCUUCCAAGCGCGCAUCAAUGAUGCAGAGUGCUUCCCUCAUCCGUUCUCGGUGGAAGAUGCAGCGGUUCUGCUCAAGUGGCGUGCAGAGGCCAAUGCAGUUGAUUCUGAAGGAGCAACGCCUUUGGCGCUGGCAGCCGUGCUUGGAGCACCCCAGAUGAUUCAGUUCCUGUUGAAGCAAGGUGCAUCGCCUCAAGUCUGCAGGAGCCUUUUGCCAAAGGUGGCCCAUGCUCCCAGUCGUGCAAUCCUACAGAAAAUUCUUUGA